CUCGGACAUAAAAAGGGAGGAACAGACACGUCUGACACAAUUACUACACUGACACAUGGAGUUUCUCUGUAAAGCACAGCUACGAGCCGGUCCCAGCUUUCUAUUGCAAUGUUUUCAAGACGUGCCAUGGACAAAACCAUUGUAGUGAUUUUGCUUUGGAUCUUGUGCAAUCUAGUGCUACAUUUGGAGGGAGUACCAGUUGGCAAGAGGUCCAUCAGUGAAGUGCAGCUGAUGCACAAUGUUGGAGAGCACAAACAAGUGGUAGAAAGACAAGACUGGCUCCAGGUGAAGCUAAAGACUAUUCUCAUACCUUCCCUCAAUGACUCUCAAAAAGGACUAAAGGGAAGAAACAGGACUCUUUUUCCAGUUAUUUCACUGCCCAAAGCCCAAACAGGGUCUUGAGCGUAUACUGGAAAGUCUUCAUGUUUGGUCUUACUAAUAAAAUACAUCAAGAACAAGCAAAUUUUUAUCAAAAUAUUCUAUCGCUCAAAGUGUUAAUUGUCAUCACAGAGUCUCUGUGUGGACAUUACACUUAAGUCUUUCUUGAUAAUGUGCACUAAUAUGCAAUUGCUUUAUUUAUUUUCAUUUGUUAAUUUAUUUCUGCGUUCCACUGUUUGACAUAAAGUUAACUUUGUAUUUGUUAAUUUAAUUAAUUUAUUUAUUUUAUUUUUUGGUUAUUUUAUCUUAUUUAUACAAAUGAUUUCUAACCAUCUAGGGCAUGUGAAGGACAGAAAUUUUGCUUUGUCUGCCAUCCUCUGGUAGUAUUUGACAAGUAUUUGCAUUUUCCAUUUAUUAAACAUUACUUGUAAUGUGACCCAAAUAAAAAAUACUAUAUCUUUCCUUGUUUACACAUAACAAAUGGCAUUAAAAAUACCAUCCAAA